CUAUGAAGUUAAAACACAUUCACCAUGUGGGUCCUCAUUUCGGAGUGCAGUAGUAGUUACAGCUGUAAUACGUCUUUCAAGAUUCUUCGACUUGAACACUUAAACUGUGCGCAGUGUAUUGUACCUAAGCCUUCUUAUAAAACAAAACAAAACGAUAAAAAGAAACGCAAUUCGCAGGAGAGCUCUUCCUCCCACUGUCAGUCCCGCGCUCCCUCUGCCCCUUAGGAAGUGAAACUCAGCUGUUCCUCGUGGGGAGCAUGCUCAGUCCCCAGAUCUUCCGCCGCGUCUAGUUGCACUUUCGGUUUUCUCCUAUCUAAAGUCCGCUGGUAGCUCCGCCUCUCAGCCCAAAAGGAUUUCUCCGAAAACCCCUUGCCUCCCCGCCGACUCACGCCCUACCCCUCCUUUCUCGCGCAGCCAGAGGAACAUGACGGCGGAGCAGCGGCACAACCUGCGAGCCUACAGCGACCACGUCAGGAAGACGCUGGAUCCUACCCAUAUCCUUAGCUACAUGACCACCUGGUUUAGGGAGGAUGAAGUGCAGUAUAUCCAGGCUGAGAAAAACAACAAAGGUCCGAUGGAGGCUGCCUCACUUUUUAUUAAACUCUUGUUGGAGCUCCAGGUGGAAGGCUGGUUCCGUGGCUUUUUGGAUGCCCUAAACCAUGCAGGUUAUUCUGGACUUUAUGAAGCCAUUGAAAAUUGGGAUUUUCAAAACCUUGAAAAGUUAGAGGACCAUAGAAUGCUUUUGAGACGUUUAGAACCAGAAUUUAAAGCCAGAAUUAUCCCAACAGAAAUCCUCCCUGAAAUAGCUGAAUGUUUAAUUACUCAGGAUUGUGAAGAAAUCCGGCAAGUUUGCAUCAGUAGAGGGCCUAUGGCAGGUGCAGAGAAAAUGGCUGAAUGCCUUCUCAGAUCAGACAAGGAGAACUGGCCCAAGAUUUUGAAACUUGCUUUGGAGAAAUAUGGAAGCAUCUUCAGUGAACUAUGGAUUAUAGAUGAAGGUAUAAAAGAUGUUGAAAUUAAAGAUCUUGAAGACGAUAGACUAGAACAUUCUGACAUACAGAUUUUCUACCAGGAAGAUUCAGAAGACCAAAAUCUUAGUCAGAAUCCUUAUUCACCUUCAGAAGUGUCUCAUACUAACUUGUACAACCCAUUGAAGCCAAGAAAUUACCAGUUAGAGCUUGCUUUGCCUGCUAAAGAAGGGAAAAAUACAAUAAUAUGUGCUCCUACUGGUUGUGGAAAAACCUUUGUUUCACUUCUUAUAUGUGAACAUCAUCUUCAAAAGUUUGCACAAGGACGAAAAGGGAAAGUUGUCUUUUUUGCUAACCAUAUCCCUGUGUAUGAACAGCAGAAGACUGUAUUCUCAAGAUAUUUUGAAAGACUUGGGUACAAAGUUACAGGCAUUUCUGGAGCAACAGCCGAGAAUGUCCCAGUGGCACAGACUAUUGAGAACAAUGACAUCAUCAUUUUAACACCACAGAUUCUUGUGAAUAAUCUUAAAAAUGGAAGCGUUCUAUCACUGUCUAUCUUUACCUUGAUGAUAUUUGAUGAAUGCCACAACACAAGUAAACACCACCCGUACAAUAUGAUCAUGUUCAAUUAUCUAGAUCAGAAACUUAGAGGAUCUUCAGAUCCAUUGCCUCAGGUCAUUGGGCUGACUGCAUCAGUUGGUGUUGGAGAUGCUAAAAACACAGAGGAAGCCAUAGCCUACAUUUGCAAACUGUGUGCUUCUCUUGAUACAUUAGUAAUAGCAACAGUUAAAGAAAACUUGGAGGAACUGGAGCAAGUUGUUUAUAAGCCCCAGAAAAUUUCCAGGAAAGUGGAACCACGGACCACCAACAUAUUUAAAUCGAUUAUUUCUCAGCUGAUGAAGGAGACAGAGUAUCUGGCAAAGAAUAUCUCUGAAGAACUUGGCUACUUAUUUCAAAUUCAGGACAGAGUAUAUGGAACACAGAAAUAUGAACAGUGGAUCGUUGCAAUUCAUAAAGAAUGCAGAGUGUUUCAGUUGCCAGACAAAGAAGAAGAGAGUAGGAUUUGUAAAGCGAUGUAUUUGUACACUUCACAUUUGCGGAAAUAUAAUGAUGCCCUUAUUAUCAGUGAAGAUGCACAAAUGAAAGACGCUUUGGAUUACUUGAAGGAUUUCUUCAACAAUGUCCGAGCAGCGGCAUUUGAUGAGAUUGAACAAGAUCUUACUCGGAGGUUUGAAGAAAAGUUGCCGGAACUAGAAAAUGUUUCCAUGGAUCCCAGCAAUGAGAAUCCUAAACUCAAAGACCUCCACUUAAUCUUACAAGAGGAAUACCAUGUAAAUGCAGAGACAAGAACCAUUCUUUUUGUGAAAACCAGGGCGCUUGUGGAUGCUUUAAAAAAAUGGAUUGAAGAAAGUUCUGCACUUAAAUUUCUAAAACCUGGCAUAUUAACUGGACGUGGCAAAACAAGUAAUAAAACAGGAAUGACCCUCCCAGCACAGAAAUAUGUAUUGGAUGCAUUCCGAGCUAAUGGAGAUAAUAUUCUGAUUGCCACCUCAGUUGCUGAUGAAGGCAUUGACAUUGCUCAGUGCAAUCUGGUUAUCUUGUAUGAGUAUGUGGGCAAUGUCAUCAAAAUGAUCCAAACCAGAGGCAGAGGAAGAGCAAAAGGUAGUAAGUGUUAUCUUCUGAGUAGCAAUGCUGAUGUAAUUGAAAAAGAAAAUAUAAACUUACACAAAGAAAAAAUGAUGAAUGACUCCAUUUCAAGUCUUCAGACAUGGGAUGAAGUAACAUUUCAAAAAAGAAUUCGCCAUAUACAGGAUCAAGAAAAAUUUAUCAGAGAUAGUCAUCCAAAACCAAAAGUUGUCCCUGAUAAGGGAAAUAGUAGACUGCUCUGUGGAAAGUGCAAAGUCUUGGCAUGUUAUACAGCUGACAUUCGAGUGAUAGAGGAAUCUCAUCACACUGUGAUUGGAGAUGCUUUUAAGGAGUGCUUUGUGAGUAAACCACACCCCAAACCACGGAGCUAUGGAAAUUUUGAAAAGAAAGAUAAGAUAUUCUGUGCCAGACAGAACUGUGGCCAUGACUGGGGAAUACAUGGGAGAUACAUGACAUUUGAGAUUCCAGUCAUAAAGAUUGAAAGUUUUGUGGUGGAGGAUAUUGUAACGGGACUCCAGAAACAGUACACAAAGUGGAAGGACUUUCCUUUUGAGAAGAUAGAAUUUUAUGCUACAGAAAUGUCCAAAUGACCUCAUGGCCCCAAGUCUGGCUACAGGGAAUGGUAUCUUUGAAGAAGAAAUUAAUCCAGUGGGUAUAACCAUGGAUCAGUUGUACCUUUGUGAAAAUAUUUUACAUAAGGCUUAUACUGUACUGAAUAUUUGUGCAAAGUACACGAGUGAAUUGUAGCAUUGAGUACUUCGUAGGCCAAGAGAACUCACAGUACUUGGAUAAAAAUUUUAAAUUGUUUCUGCUCUCCUGUCCAACUGCCAGUGAACACAUAAUAGCCAAUCAGUACAUGUUAGGAUGAAUAAAUCAAAAGUUGAUUUCAUACCUCUGUUUCCUAAAGCUACUGUAUACUAGCUUAUGCCCUUAACAAUAUACUGAAAUUGUUCUUUUUCUAGGCUACCAGUGACUGGUGGCCAAAUCUAUUGGGUACAUCUUGGUUCUUCUAUUAGGUCUCUUUGCUACUUUUGGCCCUGUUAUAUUCCUUCCUUGAAACUCUCUCUUGGCUUCUUCUCUUCUAGUUCUUUCCUUUCUUGUUAGUUCCUCUUUGCUGGUACGCUACAUGUAGAUAAUUCCAAGGGUCAAUAUAUUUACACCUGUAUAUAUAAAAGUUAUAUAUACUAAUGCUUUCUUCACGGCAAUGAAUAGCAGAGUAAUCAUAAAACUAUAGUAGACAGCUUUUAUUAGUGAGGACACAUUACUAAUUCCUGGGGUUUUGUUCUUUUAGUUUACUAUCCAUUUUUCUCUUGUUUUCUUUACCUGCCAUUUUCAUAGUCAUCUCCAGUCAUUUUCCAGUAAUGGUUGAUGUUUAACACUUGGGCUGUGUGUUCUCAGUUAAGUCCCUUGUAUGGUAUUGAUAAGGCAGUUUAAUUUGGCUGUACUUUCUACUUAAAAUUUUUGCUGAUGCUUCAGAGCUUAGUUUGGAGUUUUCAAUCAAGGAGAUAAGUGUCUUGAGUUAUUUUUGUUAUUUUUACCAGACCAAGGUAUUUCAUGUUCAGUUUAGAGUAGAAUCUCUAGUAACUUGUAAGCUUUAUAGCAAUUUAAGCAUCUUCCUAAAACAGAUUCGCAUUAGUUGUUUAUAAUGCAUGAGGACCAUCAAAGCUCCAGAGAUCAUAAAACAUUAAUCGCAUGUUCAACAAUACAACCUUUUUCAAAUAACA